GCAGCACAAUGAGAGGCGUGGCCUAGAGGACGCGUUACCCUGGCGACCACCAUCUCAGCGGCCCAGACUUGAUGACAGCGUAGAGCGGGAAAGGUGUGCGUGGAGAGGUGAAACGAAGAGGGUUUGCAGCCCCAGCCCCGCGGCACCCUGGGGGCUGACGGGGCAGCCAUGGAUCUGUACCUCAGCAACUGCUAUAAGGCUGCUGAAGCCGCCGCCGCUAAGGCGACCGCCAGCAGCCUAACUGCCGACAGAGAGCACUGCGACACCGGCUCACACACAAAAAACAUUCCAGAGAUCGGUGCAGCUAAUCUAUUGGAUCUUCCUCUUGGGGUCAAGCUGCCUAUUAUCCCAGGAAGCAACAAUAUAUUCUAUACUACAAAUAUAAGUGAAAAGCUUUAUCAGCCUUCUUAUGACUUUAAUCUGACUGAUCCUUAUUGCCGACUUUUGGAAACCAGCUAUAAAAGCCUUCAUGAUCCCCAUUUAAAAGCAUACCAUAAACGAAAGGAUAUCCUAAGGAGAUUAAAGAAGGGCGGUUACAUCACCAGCAAUAAUAAAGUCAUAUGUACCUUGAAAGAAUUGAAUAAGUACAGGCAGUAUCUGACCACUUUAAAAUUAGACUUUGAAAGAAACUAUGUAAGAGAACAAAAAAUGAUUGAAAAACAAGUAAAUAAGUUGUAUGAAACCAGAAGACCCUACAACAGUUAUGAAAAUGAACAGUUCCAAGAAUGGCUGUUACAGGAAGAUACACAAGCAACUCCAGACCAACAGCUGGUAAUAAAGCACAGAUAUUUAGAUAUGAUUAGUAGGGAAUUAGACAAAGUUGAGCACACAGCAGAAAAGCAGAGCAUACGCCGGAUGAAGGAAGAACAGCAACGACAUCAGGACCACGUUAAAAGAAAACUUCGUCUCCGUAGACAAAUUGAAGAGGAAUGGAAGACAAAAGAAAUGUUACUUCUGACAAAGAUUGGAGAAGAAGUUAAAAGAGAAGCAAGAAUUGAGGAACAACGUCAAAAAGUCAGGGAGGAAACUCACCGGAAGAAACAAGCACUUCUAGAGAAAAAAAUUGCUUAUCAUUUACAAAAAAUGCAAAGAGAUGAUGUUAAGAGAAACAGACCAGAGGGAAAUAUAUUUGAAAACAAAGGACAGGAUGAAAAAGAAGCUUCUUCAAAGAUAAAGAAAACAAGUGAUACUGCCAAUGACCAGCAAUCACACCAAGAACAAAAACAACCAGGCCAUUCUCAUAAUUCUGUAAAGAUUCCUGCCAAAAAAUCAUCAGUCUUCGUAUCUUCUCAGCAUGAUGUGCAGAAAAACAAAACAGAACAAAAGAGCAUUCAGAAAGAUAAAGAAAUGACUAAAACAUCACAUACUUUAAAUGAUGAAGGAAUUAAAAAUAGCUCACUUCAAGCUCCAGGUAUUUCUGCUAAAAUUGAAAAUGUCCCCAGACAUUCUAUACAGGCUAUUCUGAAACAAGAGGUGACAUAUGCUGAUGUUAAUGAAAAAAAGACCAAGAAACCAAGCUUUAACUAUGAGACAGCUCAAGGAAUCUUCCAUUCUCAUGAUUCACCAAUUAAACAACAACACUAUCAAAAUUGCUGUCCAGAAAAAGUAACUUCAGAAGAACUGAACAGUAUAGUUCAUAAUAUAAUGACCUGGGUUGUGGCUGCAGUGACCUGUAUAUUAUAUCCAGCAAUCACAAAAUAUGAAGAAAGGUUGCAAAAUAAUGUAUACCCAAUGCCUGAUGACUCUACCCUGUCUUCAGAUAGUGCAAGUUGCUGUAGCGCAUGCAGUGAAAUGCUUCUAUAUGAAACAUGUAUUCAGGCAGAGACAUUUCAGGCACAGGCCUGUGUGGACACAGCUGACAAGUCAAUAGGGCAACAAGCGGCAUCCAUAAAACCGCCUUCUGCCCACAAAGAAAGAACAGUUACGGGAAAAACACAUCACAGGAAAGGACAUCCUAAAACCUCUGAACCUAAAUAUAAGAAGGCCGCUGAAUCCCCCAAGCUCAAAACCUGUAAACCCGAUAGUCACCUUUUUGCACCGACUGAAACAGUCCCAAAGAAAUCUGAAGAUGCUACCACUAAAACAGAUGUCUUAGAACACCCACCACCUUCUGAUGAAAAAGCAAAAGUCGUAAACAAUGUACAGGAGUUAAAGAAUGUUUUUGAUACCUUUAAAUAUCACCUAAAAGAGGAAUCCGAGUUGAUCUUAGAAAAUAUUUUUCAUGAAAUGGUAUCUGAAUUAAGCAAGACCAUCCCCACUCUUGCUUCUGUUACGGCUGAAACUUUGGUUGAUCAAACUGACACUGACAAAGGAGACUUGCUCUCCAAUGUCAGUAUCUCCUCAGCAGCUGCUGAAAUUAUGGAAAAUGUGCUUGAGAAGCUACAGUCUGCAGUUGAGAAAAAAUGUAUUGAGGUAUUUUCACAAGAAAAUUUGUCAGUUCACUUUAAAUCAGACUUAACAGCCAGUGGGGAAGAUUUCAUUUCUCCAGAAGAAAAAACUUCAAAAGCAUUGCCGCCUUAUACUAUGGAGAACAUGAGUGGUAUUGCAGAGGAUAUGGUUCAUGUGAUUUUAGAAAAGCUGACAUCUCUUGCGUCUUCUAAGCAAAAUGAACUUGCUCGUCUUGAAAUCACAACUGAACCUGCUUAUCAGCCACACAGGAGAGAUCCAACAUAUGCAUUCCUUCAAAGAGCCAGCAAAAGGAAAUCCAGUGCUGAACCUGAUGCAGCCAAUUUGAUUAGCAAAGAAGACAUACAAAAUUUAGUGUCAAAUAUUUUUUCCCAAUCCUCUCUGGUUGGUUAUAUAGAGGAAGCAAUCAACACUAUACUAAGUUAUAUACAAAUUGGACUUAAUAAUGAGAGACUCAUUGCAUCUGAGGAAACAGUGAUCAUCCUUCACCUACUUGAUGAUAUCUUGGCUCAGUUACAUCAGAAACCAGAAAAAACAGAUAUCCAAACGGGAAGAGACCCCAGACUGAGUAGUUCUUCUGGCACUGAAGAAGAGCACAGACUUGCCAGCACCAGAGUAGCUAAUGAUCCUAGACAUGGAUGCCUCUUUCCACCCAUUAAUGUUCCUGGCAUGGUUCUUUAUUCUGAAGACGAAAAUAAAGAAAUAGACAAAAUUGUGGAAAAUGUACUGAUUUCGUCUAUCAAAGAUGAAAAAGCAAAAUUACAAGAACAGGUUCCUGAUCAUUGGUUAACAAGGGAAAAUGCUGAUUUGAAGUACAAAAGAAAUAUGAACUUACCUACAAAGCAUGCCUAUCAAGAUGAAGUAGUAGCAUUUCAUGAUUGGAGAUUAAAGACUGACCUUCCAGCUUUUAAUAAUAAGGACCUGUUUAAGGACAAACCGUGUUUGAAUAAAGACCUUUUGCUUUUCAGCCAAGAUGAAAAGCAUCAAAUACAAAAAGCCUCAGAAGAUAUAAUUACAAGUAUUUUAGCACAGGUGCUCCAAGACCUAUCUUCGGGGCCCUCUGGUCACUUAGAUUAUAAAAAUGAUAAGGAAGCUUCACUUCUUACCUCAAGAAGCCCACAAGAUCUGUCCAAUCAAGAGUGGAUGAACCAGAUGUUCUCUGCAUCAGAAAUCCAAAUAGUAGCUCAAGAAAUUGUAGAUGCUGUAUUAAAAAUACUUCACAUAGCUUAUAGUCACAUUAUCAGACAUUCUUCAUCAGUACCUCAAACUUCUCUAGAUAAUUCUGACAUACUAAAUAAAGAGCCAUUAGAAAUAUGGCUUGAGAGUGAAAGGAAGAUGACAUUUUUAUCUAUACUUGGCAUAGACUCUACAAAACAUCCCUGGCUAGAACCUGAAGAAACUGAAUCAACACCUGAACCUGUAGUUCACAUUAAUGAUAAGAUCACUUAUACAAUUUUUAAGAAGCUGAACUCAUUUAUUUGUCCAAAAUUGCAAAACUGCUUUAAACUAGAAAGCCAUGCUGACCAUUCAAAAUUUGCACCUGACAAGAAAUCUUCAUUUCAGUCUCACCUUACUACUUACACAACUAAAGUGGUAAAAAUUGUUUUGGAUGCUAUCCAGAAAGAACUCAAAUACAAUAAGAAAAAUCUAAAUCUUGGGAAGUGUGGCCCUCCCAAAGACUUUAUAGAUAAAGGAGUUUUUGCAGACAAUGAAAAGGAAUUAGACUCUGCUGUCACAAAGCUAAAUAAUGACAUUAUGACAAGUUCAUUAGCAACUUGCAUUUGUGAAUUGUUAAGUGGAAAUACAGGUGAAAGCAAUGUUCUGCUCCCUUCAGAUAAGCUAAGGUCUAAAAUCUCAUAUGAAACUACUGACAUUGAUCAACAACAACUUGUGCCUUCUCAGUGUCCUCAUAUGCAAGAGGAAGUUCACAAAUGUACCAGAUUGCAAGUGUUAGAUAGAAUUGGGGAUACUUUAUAUGACAUGUUAUACAAGCUCAUAGGAGACUGUCCAUGUUCUCCCCUAUCUCAUGAACAAAACAGAGAGUGGAUCAAUGAGAAUUUGAGAACAAUCACUGCAUUACAGUCUAAUAUUCAGCUCAUUUCUUAUAAAAUUCUAGAAGAUAUCAUUAGAAAAUUAUGUAGUGCUGAGAUGGGCCACAUUUUCACAAAUUCAGAAUUUAAAGCUAUCUCAGAUUAUAUUGAUACUGACAGCCUAUCACUUGCUUUGCUUAUUGAGGAAAUGGGCAGAUGCUCUGAUAUAAUCUCUAGUAUGUUGUCCAGUGUAAUCCAGCCAAGUAGUCAAGAGGUGACUAACAACAAGGGAAAGACAACUGCCCCCAAAACAGGGACCACAAAAGAAGAGCACCCAAAUAAGCUGCAAGUCAUGGCUUCUGAUAUCUUUGAAAUGGUUUUUGCUAAACUGAAAGGAUUUGCCAAAAGAAAUUUAGAAACUCUGGACACUAUAAUCAAUGGAAAUAAAAAGAGCAACAAGAGGUACUGCGAACAUGAAAGUAUCAACAUUUGUACAAACACACAUGAAAAACAACUGCAGUCGGCUUUAUACAUGCAUGCAAAGAAAGUAUCAAGUACUAUUUUGAAGGCUAUUCAAACGGAAUUAAAUGUGAGCUUGCCAGAUUUGGAAACAGGCAUAACCAAGCCACCAGAGGAGAAAGAAGUGCUUAAGAAUCUAGUUGAUUUAAUUUUAGAUGCAGGGCCUCCUCAUAUAUUUAAUGAAACUGAACCAGAAGAGCAAGGCAUUGAAAAUUACAGAUACAGGCCAACCUAUGGAAAUUUUCUUCCAGGAGGGGCUGACCCAGAGUCCUAUCUAGAAGAUCCUGCAGAUACAGACAAAGAAAGUGCUGGAGAGGAAAGACCACCAGAAGAAACUAAAUCAGAAUCUCUUAAACAAUGGGAACUAGAAAGAACAUUUAAAAAAUUUGAAGUAGAGCUCAAAGAGCCAGAAAAGUCCCCAGUUGUGCCCAUUAUAAGAAAUAUUUUGAAUGAAAUUUUUCAGAAUGACUUAAUCUAUCAAUUAAAUGUGCUUACUCUCUCCCAGUCCCCUUUAUGUGACAUUCCUCAUCCUAGUGAUAAGCCAGUUGCUCAAAAAUCAAUUCAAUCUAUGGAUAAAAUAAUGGAUUCUUUAGUGUCUGAGGAAGAUGUUACUGUUGUUGCCGAUAAUGUUGUUAGAACCAUACUUCAAAAACUUUAUUCUGCUAUCAUGACAGAUAGAAAUGCAAAUGAAAAUAGAUCUAACACUAUCACCUGUCCAGCAAAUAUCUCUUUUCCUGAACACGCCAGUGGAGAAAAGGCCUCUCUUCAUUUUACCAUACUGGACAGAAGUCCAUGUACAUUUCAGUCCACAUUUAGUAGUGGUAAAAUGACCAAAAUGAAUGUAGCUGACGAUAUUAUACAGUCAGUAUUAACAAAUUUAGAAACAUUUGCUACUUACAAAGUAAAAUCUCUCUUUUGUCCUCACAUCAAUUUCACAAUUCCAAUGGCUUUGCCUCUACAGGAGGAUGAGACUGCUUUCAGCCAAUCACAGCUAUCAACCAAAGAUUCAUAUUCUGGUGAUCAAUUUUCCUAUUGCUCAGUGGAUCAUAAGUCAGGAGAGACCACCUCAAUAUGUCAACUGACUGCCUGUAAAUUAAAUUCAUAUGCAACAGAAGUGGCUAGACAAAUUUUACAAGGAAUCAAACAUAAGUUAGAUAAAGAAACAAAAAGUCCAUUCUUAAUCCAUAAUAUUGUGGUUUCUGACAGUAUCCCAAGGCAGAUCGUUAACACGGUGUUAAGUAUUGUGUCUGCUAAAGGCAAAUAUGAAAAAAAACUAUUUGACAGAGAGAUUGAUCCGGGUCAGCCAGAAGAUAUUGUUGAAAAGCUGUUCAAUAAGAGUGAUUAUCGAAAAAAACUACAAAUUCAAAUACUAGAUAGCAUUGAGGGCAUCUUAAGUGACAUCUGUGAGAAAACACUAGACGAGAAUAAUCUCCUACUUGCUGCAUCCACUCUUAAUAAAUGUAACAUAAGUGGGAAACAUUUAGAAGCAAACUCUGAAACAAACUCCAAGUGUGCAAAUAAAGCUAUUUCAAUGCUUUUAGUUCCUAAGUCGUGUGUCACCAUGAUUUCGAAUGAUAUGGUGGAUAUUGUUCUUCAAAAUCUCACUUCUGCUAUCAUGUUUGGUAUAAAUGCAAAGAAUUCUAUUUCACUGAAAUUGCCCCUGACAUUUUCUGAUGCAUUUCCCAAAGCAGAGCAUCAACAGUCUCCUGUUACAGACUCAAUGAAUGAGGGGGAAAGGGAGAUCUAUCCAUUUGCAAGAAAGGGAAGAGAUGUACAGCUGAAGUCAGUUUAUUCUGAUGAUAAUCAGAAAAAUGUACUUAAAAAACAAGAUGCCAAGAAAUCUGCUUCUGCCCCAUGUGAGGAAAAUGUUCACUUCAUUACUAAAGCCAUUUUUAAUAGAUUAAAAUCUUUUGCCACAGAAAGAAUAGAUUUGCUACUUACUCUUGAUACUCAGACUACAGAAAAAACAUAUGUUGGCCCAGAAUUUGCAAACUGUAAACAAAACAGCGUAUUCCUUGAAGCAAACAAAAUGCCAUCAGAUGUGAAUGUCCUAAAAAUCUCAACAGCUAGAACUGUUCUCGCUCAAGAGGUAACAGAUUACACAUUUGCUAAUGACAGGGAAAAACAUGGACCUGCAAUUCAUAUAUCACAAGCCAGUCUUAGGGAAUAUGCUGACAUAAUCGCCAGUACCAUUUUGACGCUAAUAAAAAGUGACAUAGAUUUAGAAAUCCAAAAGAUGUCUUCGUAUCCAAACAAUAUUUCAUUCCAAGAAAACAUAACUGUGAGUGAAACUGUCAACAACAUCUUAAAGAGUUUACAUAAUAAAAUGUCUUUGAAGGCAAGUAGGUUUUACUCACAGCAAAAUCCUAGCCUGUUUACACAACUAGCUGUACAAAAUGAAAUAUUGCCUGGUCAAAGAAAGAUGGAAGACAACUCUGAACUGUCUCUUUUUUCAAAAUACCCAUAUCAAAACCAAAUUAUAUCAGAAGAAGAAAACCUGAGAAGGGUUUUGGAAGAAAUAUUUAGAAAUGGAGACUCUAGAAAGGAAAAAACAACUGCUUUGUUAAGUGCAGUUAAGGAAAUUUUAAAGAAGGUGUAUCAGAGGGUAAUGGAAGACAUAGACCAUUGGCCUGCAUUUAAUGAAUCCCCCCACUUUACAUUUGAUUCUAAAAUGAAAACAUCAGCAGCAGCACGGAAAAAAACCUUGCAGUCACAUAUAAGCAGUGUUGCAAAUGAUAUAGUUGAAAGUGUUUUCAGAAAAAUGUUCUCAAUAGUAAUGACAUCCUUAUAUGAAAAGAAUGAGACCAGGGGAAAAUUGGAAGCAUCCGGCCAUGAUGAAUUACUGAUGAAUCCAUCAAACUUUCAGGAAUCAAAACAAACAGAAAGAAGAAGUGUUCCCCCUGAACAUGUGAUACUGCGAGUUUAUCCUUACACAGGCAUUAGAAGUGUCACUUCACUGGAAAACACUUUGUUGCAAUUUUCCCCAUUGCGAGUGGGAGAAGAAUUGGUCCAAAAGGUUCUCAGAAAGAUCACAAAUUUUGUUUUGCUGAAUCUAGAAGAGAAUUUGUCCCCUAAAGAUCAGUCUGAUGGAAUGCAAUCUCUGAGGCCAUCCAGUUCUAAAGCUAGUUCCAAAGGCAGCCCUAAUAUAAGUUUUAAAAAAAACUUCAAAGCAAAAUCAGAAAUUAUCUCUUUGCCUACAUUUGGAACAAAACCACAGCUAGGACCUAGUGGUGCUAAAGUGAAAAGCAAGUCCAAGUUAAGUCCUAGCGAGAAGACUUCCAGAGGCAGUUGGUCCAGUACUGCCAUUGGUCUGCCAUACCUGCUUUCAACCGGGGAUGCCAAAAACUCCUUAGUGAGAACAAAACUCCCCACUGCAGAACUAAAAAUGUACGCCAAGGAUAUAGUAAGCAAUAUUCUGGAAACAAUUUUGAAUGAAUUUCAGAAGGUGAGGCAAAAUAGACUAAUAGUAAAUGUAAACACUUUAACUUCUGAUCAUAUCAUGACAGCAAGUAAAAUAGUUAAUGCAGUUUUGCAAGGAGUAUACACUACAAACGACAGUUUGGCUGACCAGAUAAAAGGCUCAUACUCACAUGAUCUCAAACUUUCACAGAGGAAUUUUAGGACAAUCUCUCUUGCAAAUCCAGAAGUCCAUUUCUCUUUGGAGAACCUUUCUUCCCAGCUAGAGAAAAUCUUCCCUAAAGAAGAUAUUUUUAGACAAAUGUUUGAUAAAUGGCACACAGAAUCAAAUGACGUGGAAAAUGAAAAACAUAAGCUAUUGAUGAUAGCCGAGACUGUUUUGAAUGAAAUUUCAAUGAAAGCAAAGGAAUUAGAACAAUCUGUUUCACUUUUAAAUUUGUCACCUCUUGAGGCUUGUGAAAGCAGGUACCAUAACAUUAAAAGAGCUGCUUCUGGAGCUGAGGGUUCCCAAGCACAAAUUAAUAUAUUUGGUCAGGAAAUUGUUAAAAAGCUGUUAGAAAAAUUAGAGGUGUACUUUGUGACUCAGAUGUUCAUAACAGACGGUAAAGAAAUGCUAGAAAGCAAGAAAGAAACUACUGUUAGAAGUCAAUGUGGCUCUGUAACAACAACCAACCUCAACAGUGUACCAAUCUAUAACACAAAGCUGGAAGACAAAAUAUAUGGGGGCUCUAGCCACCAAAUUGCUCAAGAGAUCAUGGAAGGGGUUCUGAACACCUUAGAAUCAUUUGCAGACCUACGAUUUCAACAUAUCUCUACAUAUGCUUUUUCUGAAAUUGUGAAAAUACCUAUUGAAAAAUUUUUUGCUGCCCAACAGAAGCCACUCAUGAAAACAAUAUUGCCGAAGUUGCAACCACUGAAUAAGUUUCCGAAUGGAUCUAGAUCAAGUAGUAUGAUUUCCCAAGGGAACAUGCACAAUACCCUUCGACAGUUUUACUCAUUCCAUUCAGAACUGCUUACUUACACUGUUAAUACUGUCAAUGACAUGCUUGGUAUAAUUAAGAAGAAGUUAGACAAAGGAAGAUGCCAAAUGGAACCAUCUUCAAUAAGCAUAUUUGAAAAAAACAUUGUGGCAAGUCAGAUCAUCAGCACACUGAUGGACCAGUGUACUCAUUUCUAUGAGUCAAUGAUCAAAAGCCAUGCAAAGGAAAAUCUGCUCCAAGUAGCUGAAAAUGCCUACACUGCCAACGGGCCUAGAUUUGCAACUGGGAUGGGAAUGUUCACUUCAAAGCCAAAGGGAGUUAGCUGCGGGGAUGAUCUUCCACAAAUCCCUGGCUUAUUUCUUUAUUCAGAGGAAGAUAGAAAAGUAAAGGAGAAGGCUUCAUCAAAUCUAGCUUCAUAUGUCAGAUACUCUGCAGGAGAUACACUUAAAACCACAGAGCCGUUGGAAGGGCUCGAAUCAGAACUUAAACCAUUAUAUUCUAGAAGUGAAGCCCAAGGCCUUAGCCAUUUUGAUCAAGCCAUGAAAGGAAACAGCUUUCUCCUGUUACAAAAACCAUUUCAGAAACCCGGUGACUCCGUGCAAGCAGCACCAGAGCACCCCAUAUCCUUCACAGAAAUGGAAGAAGGUGAAAAUCCAAAAGUUCUUCACUAUGAGCUCCCCAAGCCAGUUAUAAAGCCAAACCAAAUACAGACAAACAUUUCUCCACUCAAAAUAGGUGUGGCUGCAGAAAAUAUUGUCAAUACCAUGCUGUUGAGUUAUGGCCUUCCAAGUCAAACCUCAUAUAUUAAUGAAAGUAUAGAAACAAUGAAGCCAUUUUUUGUAUCAAAGGAAGAACCUUUGUCUAUGAUGUCUGAAGAACAAAAGGAUGAGAAAAGUUUGCUUAAAAUAUGGGAAAAAAGAAUCAGCUCUAAAACCAAAGAAGAAAACCAAAGCCUUGCACCAAGUGGAGAAGAUUUUACUUUACUGGAAAAGUGGAAAGAUAAGGACCCAAAGUUAGAGAAACCAGAACCUACUGAAGAGGCUGAAGUCAUUGCUUUUGCAGAUCAAGAACUGGGAUCACAUGAAAUCCAUCUAGUAGCAAGAUAUGUCACUACAGCUUUGGUCACACAUUUCAAGAACUUUGAAACGAGAGGUCCUCUUGAUGAAAAAGUAUUUAUUGUUUCCACAGCAUUAAGGAAAAAAUAUGAAUCAAAACAGCCUCUAAGAAACAUUAACUGUGAUACUUCACUUUAUCAAUUUUGUGAACAUCUCACUGAAUUGGUUAUUUCCUAUAUAAUGUCAAGCAUUUCUGAUUGUACUGAAGAUGGUGGAACAAAACAGAAAUCACUGGAAAACCAAGAUGCAGCUUUUAGCAAGGUUAUUUUAAUUCAUUCACAAGUAUUUGUAAGUCGGUCAGUUUCUAUCAGAGGACUUGCUUUAAGCAUUUCUGAAAUCAUUAUUCGAAUCCUUUUUAAUAGCGAUAUUUUAAAGGCAGACAGUACACAAGAAGUGAUUUCUGUGAAAACAAAAUAUGUUUACUGGCCAAGAGUAGCUGUGGCUGACUUCAAUGAUCUCUUUCAGGAUCUCUUAAUAGGAGUGAUCCAUGUUCUGUCCAAAGAAAUAGGAAUAAAGCAUCAGCCUGACAAGAGAGGAAAAAACAAACCAUUCUCCAGGCUUAAAAGCCAUAGUUUGCCCAUUCACAACAAAACCAAAACUAUGAAAAGACAGACAGGCUCCAGAGGUUGGAAAUCAUCUCCUACUCUCCGAAUUAAUCAACUAGUACAGAAAAAUAAACUAAAUUCUGUGGCACGCAAGUUAGGCACUCUGGUUGGUAGCCUAAAAACUCAGGAAUCCAAAGAAAUAGUCAAUAAAAUUUCCAAUAUUGUUUUCAAUUUAGUUUUGCCAGAUGAAUGCCCAAAUUGGGAUAUAGAUUCUGGUAAAAUACCACGAAGAAGGUUCCUAUCUUCAAAUAACCAGGAAAGUCAUAGAAUACCUAGAAAUAACCCAGAGCUUUCCCCAAAAUCAGUUUUUCUUCUGAACGUUGUAUGUGAGAAAUUUAUUAAAAUACUUUCAGAAGACUGUACAGCCAACAAUCUCCUUACAGAUGGUCCUCUUUCUGGUGAAAUACCAGCAGAAGGUCGACUGCUCAACCUACUUCAAAACAUAGAGAAUUAUUGCAGGGGAACAAUGGACCGUGGCUCACCAUUUGAAGAAUAUGACAUGUCAGCCCUUUUGGAAAAUCUAGCAGAAAUAGAUCAAGAAUCUAUGCUUAGUAUUACCUCCCAUACCUUAGUAAAAUCCUUAAUGGAAAAACUGUCCUGUGGUAUAUACCGACCUCCCAGAAGUCCACUUUUUGCAAACAAGCAUUUAAUGUAUAGAAGAAAACAAAGACUCCCUGGUUUCCCAAAAGGAGAAAGACCAAAAUUAAAAGAAUCAAGACAGAGUAAAUGCUCUGUAAGAUUCAUGAAUUAUGACAGCAAGCCUUUGAGAGAACCACUGAAUAAUCUCACUGUGAUUCAUUCCAAAAUGCAAGCCCCGUUUGGUAAGCAAUUUUCAGGAAAAUUCCCUCCUCUACCUCCUCUUCGAAGACCAGGUAAAAAGGAAAUGAAUGCAACAGCUAUUUUUAACAUGCAAUAUCCAGGAGGCAUGAACACAGGAGUUUAUUCUGCCACGUUUCUGGAGGAAAUAAUUGCAGACAUUUUCCUUAAUCUCUCCACCUCCUUGCAGGGCAAAAAUGUAAACAUCACUGAAGCUCAGCUCAAUGAGAUAAAUAUAUUAGAUGUCAACUCCGUGGUGAAUGAGUUUAACAAUGCUCGAGUCACUGUUUUACGAGAUGUUGAAGAAAGGAUAAAUUUUCCACUAAUCGAUAAAGAAACUGUUAGAAAGAUUGUUGACUCAGUUAAUAGUGCUGUUUCAUGGGAAUAUGCAUUACAGGUUACUGGUGGCAGUCAUCUGAGACAUGCUACCACCUCAGUAGCAGAACAAAUAGCUAAUGGCUUAUUGAGAGAGAGUGCAGACUACCAACUCCCACUGUGCUUUGUAGGAAAGCUCUUGCCUAAUUCAUAUUACCCUCUUAAAGCUGAAAAUAUAUUGCAGAAACUUCAAAACAACCUGAGAGAACUUAAAUACCAAGGUCAACAUUCAACGGGCUAUACUACCAUGUUAUCACACUCGUUUUUAGAAGAUGUCAUCAGGAAGCUAUUAUCUCAGCUCAUUUCUCCACCCUGUAAGGCUUCGUGCUUGGGAAAGAAGUAUUUAUUGACUUCAGAUUUUAAUGAGGUAUCCACCUGUAUAAUAAACAAGGUUUUGUCAGCCAUUUCAAAGCAUAAGAUUUGGCUCACUAAAUAUGAUUGUCAACAUCUAUAUACAGAAAAAAACCUUCAAAAUAUGGUGGAGUCUGUUUAUAAUAAUGUUUUACAGAUGUCUGACUCUCUUGUGUCAGUCCAGAAAAGUAUAGUAAGCCAAAGCCCAAUUAUGAUUGACCGAAUGGCCAGUCUCAUUAUUCAAGAGAUUAUUGAAAAUCAUCUUCAACCCUUUUUGUGUGGAGAGGGCUUACCUUCUUCAAUGACUCCACUGGAUGAAAUAUCAAAUAUGGUUAAAGAGGUUCUCAGUGAGGUCACAGAGUCACAUAGGUCCCAGAAGCCAUCAUCACUAGGUAUGGACUUUUAUCCUAAUGCGUUUGUAGAAGAUACUGUUGCCCGGCUAUUAUCAAAGGUCUUCAAUCCAAAAUAUAAUACUGAUUGUGAACUGGAUAAAAUGACCCAAAAAAUAGUAAACUCAAUAAAUAACCAUUUUAACAAAGCUAAAAUCUGCAUUCUUCGUGAUGACCAAGAGCAGUCUUUCCCCACUGUAGAUCUAGACACUGUGGAUGAACUCGUCAAUUCAAUUUAUGAGAAUGUUCUGCAACAGCAUGGGCUAACCCCUGAGGCUGAUAACGAAGAACUCAAAGACAGUGAUAUUUUUGCAGAAAAUGUUACCAAUUUAAUUGUAGCAGCUAUUUCUGAUUAUCUUUUUCACCCAUUGUUUUCUGGGGACUUGUCAGCUUCUUCCUAUGCUACUUUAACAGCAGAGAACAUUAUUCAGAACAUCGUUAGUGGCAGCAGUGAAUCUACCAAGUCAAGCCAGCAUUUAUCUCCAUAUAACACCUUGCUGCCGUACACAAUUUUAGAAGACAUAAUUAGAGUGCUGUUAUCUAGAAUAUUUCCUUCUACUUAUAACAUGGUUCCAUUCAGCAAAACUCCAAAAGGUAGAUCAGGAAUUAAUUGCGAUGAAAUAUCUUCAAAGCUAAUCAGUGAUAUUAGGAUGAAAAUUUCCCAACAUGAAAUUCGAUUUUCAAAAGAUGAAGAAGAAACCAAAUCUGUUUCUUUAGAGGAUGAUGCUCAGCAUCUUGUUGAUUCUGUGUUAAGAAAUGUGUUGCAAAACUCUGGGUCUCAAGAAGCAGUUGAGCACAAUAUCACAAGCAGUAACAGUAUUCUUAUUGAUAGAAUAGCAGGUUUUAUCAUUAAAAGUAUCUGUCAGCAGCAUCUCCGUCCAUUUGUGUAUGGAAAGUCAUUACUUCCUCCAUCAUACACAUACUCUGAUGAUGUGAGAAGGCAGCAUUUUUUUGCUGGCGUUUACUCCUCAGCCUUUUUGGAAGAUGUGAUCUCUGGGGUUUUAAGCAAAAUAUUCCACAGGGUGUUAGGUAUUGUGCAAACAAACUCAUUAAGAGAUUCAGAAAAAGAACUGUUGGAAACAGCUGAAAAACUCAUAUAUUUGAUAACGGAAGAAUUCUCAAAAGCUGAAGUUAGCAUCCUAGAAAAUGCUAAGGAACAACUGUGUUUGCCACCAGUGCAUACAGAAGUAGUGAUCGAAAUUAUUGACACAGCAUAUAGCAAAGUUUUACAAGAAUAUGAACUGGAACCUGAUAAGGACUUUCUCAGUGAUACAAAAACAUUGGCUGAAAGGGUAACUAAAAUUAUCCUGGCAGAAGUUUUUGACUUCCAAAUUCAUCCAGAUUUCAUAGCAAAACUGCCUUUUAAAUCAUAUUCAAGACUCAAUGCUGAUGCUUUGAUAAAGAGAGUUCAUUAUGCUAUUAGUAAAUCAACACUCCAAAGACAGGCUUAUACGCCAUAUACCACCAUAUUAUCACAUACACAUUUGGAGAAAAUUGUCACUCAGGUUUUAUCUCAGAUAAAUCCAUUGAACUGCAAUGCAGAAGACCCAGACUUUUUGCAGUCAGACUUCUGCAACACAGUUGUGAGGCUGAUUGAUGAGAUCAUGUCAAUAAUUUCUAAACAUGCAGUAUGCAUUAUUAAACAUGGAAAUGACAAACAAAAUGCGAUUUCAGAGAAAGAUAUCCAGGCUAUGGUUGAUGCCAUUUAUGCUGAUAUUUCUCAUUCAAAUCUAUACCAGUCUCUUACAAAAGAUAAAAAGGGCAUAAGUAAUAUACCUAUUACAAAAAUAGCAAGUUAUAUAAUAAAAGAAAUAUUUAACCAUCAUCUUGAGUCAUUUUUAUCUGGAGAUAAAACUCUUCCUUCAGGCACAGUGGGUCAAACUUACCAACAGAGAGCAACAGAUCCUCAACAAAGAGAAUUGUUGUUUAUUGUGAAUUCAGCUGUUUUUUUAGAGGACGUAAUUUCUGAACUUUUAUGCAGAAUCCUUUAUGUAUUCUCACAUAAUGUCUCGGCUGCCGAAAACCCAUGCAAAGCAAAAACCAAUGUAACUAACAUUGUUACGACAUUAGUAAAAUCAAUCGUGCUGGAAUUCACCACAUCAGAAAUUUUAGUUGCAGAUCACUUGGAUGAAAAUCUGUAUUUUUCAGAAGGAUAUAAAGAAAUGGUCAAAAAAACUGUCAGCCUAAUUUAUGAAAAAAUAUUAGAUGAUUAUAAAUCUCUGAUUCAUAUUUAUAGAGCUAUACAAAGUGAUACUGUCAGUUUUGGGCAAAAAAUAUGUUAUUUGCUCUUAGGAGAAAUUUAUGAUUAUCAAGUGGAGUCAUUAGUUUGGGGAGAAUUAUCAACUUCUUCGUAUUCCUCCCUCCAAGAUGAAAACAUCAUCAGAAAUGUGCUUGACAGCAUCAACGAUGAUACCCAUGUUUUGCCAUCAUGCAUCACUGUAUUACCACGUUCCCUUUUAGAAGAUAUUACUUACAAGCUUCUAGCACAUAUAUUUCCUUCAUCUGAGACUGGAACUGAACUCAGUGAGAAAGAGGUGCCACCAGAUUAUGAGUUUGUGAAUGCAGCUUCAAAAUUGACUGAUGAAAUUAUAACAGAAAUUUCUGAACAUGAAAUUAGACUUGCCACAGCAGAGGAGCAUGUGGAAAGUAUGCAAUUAGGGGCAAGUGAGAACUUUGUAAACUCCGUAUGUAAUGCUAUUAUGAAAAAACUUAAAUUAGAAAAUGAAACACAGAGUGAUACAUACAAAAAGGGAGGCUUAUUCCUCAGGAAAAUAGCUGGUUUCAUUAUGAAAGAAAUUGUGGCCCACCAUCUGCAGCCAUUUUUACAUGACGAAGAAUCACCUCCCUGUGACUUACCCAAAAAUGACCGUAUCAUUGAACUCUUGAAUCCUGAUAAAGAAAAAAUAUCCACAGGCUUCCCACAGCCUUCUGUGUAUUCUGCUACAUUUUUGGAAGAUGUCACAAUUGACCUUGUUCGCAAAUUUUAUACUCUCCCAAGUAUUGCUGAAAACUCUAAGGACAAAGAGAUAUCAGAAAAAGACCCCAUGGGCAUGGCUAUAAGAUUUGCAAAUGCCCUGAUAGGGGAAUUUAGGAAAAGUAAAAUUAAAGUCCUAGCAAAUUCUGGAGAAACGUUUUCUCUUCCACCAAUAGAUAAAGAAACAGUCAAUAAAGUAUCUGAUUCUGUGUACGAUGAGGUCAUAGAAAUGUAUGGAUCUAACAAUGUUCAGAAAGAUGAUAGAAGUAACAUUGUUAUAGAGAUGAUAGCUGCUUUAGCCAACAAGGCAAUCUCUGCUUUCAAGAUUCAACCACUUUUUUCAGGAGACUGGUCUUCCACCUUCUUUUCAUUUCUAAAUGUGGAUGACAUCAUCCAAAGAGUUCAACACCUACCAUAUAAUACCUUUACAAAAAUAAAUAGAAGCGUGAAGGAGAGCCCAGUUUUUUCGCUAGAAAAAUUACCUACACUUACUCCUCUAACCUCAGGCCUGAAAGACAUAACGGACACUUUGAAAAUAGGUAGAGGAGCACUCCAUGGAAAAGAGAAUUUCAGAAAGGAGGAGACAUCUAUGAAGACAGGCAGCAUCCAGAAGCCAAUAUGUACCACUAUAACUAGCAUUAUGAAGUGCGAAUUAACUACCCUAGCAUCAGGGUUAGUUGGAGAUGUGGCAGAUAAAAAGAAAGGGGAUGGAAAGAAAAAGGACAGGUCAGUUGGAAAAAAGAAUGAGAAGGCAUCAAAAGUUACUUCUCCAAAAACUAAUGUGGAAAGUGAAGAUACUCGGGGGCCAGAUUUGAAUAUGGCACCUAGAAAGAAUGAAAGCAAGAAGAAAGACACUUUGGAUAUAAAAGAAGAGAAAAGGCAAGGCGAUGAGGUAUACCAACAUCUUUCAUCAGCUACUGAUGAUACAAAAAACAAGAAGGUUGUCCUGGAACCAGAUUUAAAAAUAGAUAAGAAGAAGAGUGACAAGAAAAGAGGGAGUUCAUUAGAAAAAGACGAUAGACCUUCUGAAUUACCAUCUCUGAAAUCCAAAGUGAGAAACGGAAAGAUCCAAGAGAAGAGGAGAGAUUCUCCAGGAGUUACAGAUGACAAACAGAUCUCGCAUCUUAAACAUGUCCAAAAUUUCACUGAAAGCAUUUACAGAAAUGUUUUAGAAAUACCUCCUUUCCAAGGACCAGUAGAUGAUUCAAAAUCCCCAGAUCCCCUAGGUGAUAAAGCAGUAUAUGUAACUCAAGCAGAUGGCAAGGAUUUUGCCCAGCCUGCCUCAACAAAUCCAGCUAAAUAUAAUGCUCCUGCAAAAGAGGAAGAGAAUAAAAAAAGUAAAGAUAAAGAGAUUAAAAGUAAACCUAGUAAACCGAACAAUCCACCAGAAAAUAACUGUGGGAUUUUUCCUGCUAACUUUUUAGAAGAUGUUCUCUCUGAAAUAGUUAACAAAUUGGUUUUUAAUUCCUCACUGGGUAGAGAUGAUGCAUGUCCAAAUGUAACCAAAAAUGUAAAUCAAGCUGAACUCUGUGACACAGCUAUGAAACUGAUUGAUUCCCUGUUAAAGGAGUUUUCAGAUGCUCAAAUUAAAGUAUGGAGCCCAGGUCAGGGAAGUCAGUUCCUCCCAUCUGCAAAUAAAGUUUCAUCAGUUCACAACGUACCUCUCAGGCAAAAAGAACCAUCUGUGGAUAAAGCACCUCAAGAGAAAAAAAUGGCAGCUCCAACUAAGACAGCUUCUUCAGAUGAGUCACCUUCUAUGGCUAACAUACCAUCAAGCGAUAAAAUGUUGGUCAACAAGAUUGUUCAUUCCUCUAUAUGCAAUAUUUUGCAGGAAUAUAGAUCUCAAGACUCCAUUUAUAAGGACAUAAAUAGUAAUGGUGAAAAUUUAGCAAGAAAGCUAGCUAGUGCGGUGAUAGAAGAAAUUUUUCAGCAUCAGCUAAACUUGCUACUUUAUGAUGAGGUUCUGGCUGCAGCAUGUUUGCCUCUAGAAUCUAAGAAGGUUAUGGAAAAGGUCCAUAAGGUAGUUCAAACAGCCUGCAAAGAAUGUCAGACAUCAUCACCAUAUACUAUAAUGCUACCUUAUGAAUUUUUAGAAAGUAUAAUUGCUUCUCUUCUAUCAAAAAUUUUCACAACAGUAGCCAAUGCUGAAACAGAAAUAUCUGAAGAUAAUUUGCACACAGAACUGGAUUUCCUUCAAUUGAAGUUAGUAAGUACAAUUAUGACAGAGAUCUCCAAAGAUAAAGAUAUGAUUGUACAGUAUGUAGAAUCCUUACAUCCUAAUGAUGAUGAAAUUAUUCAAUUAGUGGUUCAGACUAUUUAUAAUAAUCUCUUGCCACAAUUUGGAUCUCAAGAGAGCAUACAAAAUUGUGUCAGCAGUGGUUGCAAAAUCCUUUCCGAAACCGUAGUUAAUUUAGUUGUACAGGAAGUGACUGGCAACCAGUUGCAGAACUAUUUUUCUGGAGAGCUAACGCCACAUCAGUGUACAGAAGUUGACAGUGUUGUUGAAAAUAUCCUUAAAGAUGUCAUCCAAACCACGGAAGUUUCCCGGCGUCAGCCAUCACAGGCUUACAAACUGCCUUUUCACAUAGUAGAAGAAAUUGCUGUAAAUUUUUUGUCAAAGCUUUUAUCUAUGUUUCCAAAAGUGGAUAAGAAACAAAACAAUUCUCUAAACGCUGAAAUGCAAACAAUAAUCUCAAAAAUCUUAAGUUCAUUCCAAGAAUAUCUCUCUAAAAGUCAAAUUAUAGUAGUGCCACAGGCCACAGAAUCACCCACUGUAUCUUUAGCAGACAGUACAAGUAUUGAAAAAGUAGUUACUUCUGUUUAUACCAGUGUUUUAAGGCGCUCUGGCUCCCAUAUUUCAGUGUAUAAAGAUUUAAUGGGUAAGAGCAAUGUCCUCUCUGAUAUAAUAGGAUUUUUAAUGGUGAAGGAAAUUUCCAAUUCAGAAUUUCAUCCUCAAGUAAAAGAAGAAGCAUCAAGUUCAGAGUUAGUUCUGGAAGCUGUGAAAAUUAUGGAAAAAGUGGUUAAGAUCAUUGACGACCUUAAGUCAAAGAAAAAGCUUUCGACCACAAAAGAGACUGUGUUAGAUGCUAGGUUUUUAGAGGAAAUGCUGGCCUUGUUCUUGGCUAAACUAGUAAGGUUGCCAAGUGCCUCAGGCAGAGAUGCAAAAAACUUAUCAAAGUCUGAGGUAAAUAAAAUUGCAUUUCAGUUGACAAAAGCUGUGACAGCUGAAAUUUCCAGAAAUAACAUUAGUGUUGCAGCUGCUAAUCCUGAAGAAACCUUUUUAAGUCCAGAAAGUAUAGAAAUUAUUUCUCAGAUCGUCGACUCUGUUUAUAAUCAGGUACUACAACAAUCUGGAACCGAUGAAGAACUUUAUUAUGACAUGAAAGGUACAAACAAUGUCUUCCCUAAAGAGGUUGCUUCCUUACUCGUCAGUAAAGUUUCCAGUUGUCCAUUAGAAAUAAUUAGCCCAAAAGAUUCACAGGCUGAUCUCUUUGGCGAUUUGGAUCUUAGUCGAAUUGUCGAAAAGGUGCAUGAGCACGCUGUUAAAAGAGGGCCUGAGCUAGAGCAAAAAGAAUUAGGUCAAGAUUUAAGUGAAGAGGAAUUUCCAAUUAAAAUAAUUCCUCACCGUGGGAAACAAGCAAUCAAUAUCGAUCCAAACAUUGUGGCAGAACACUUAGGAGUCAUUUCUAUAAAAACACAACCUCUUGAGAAACUGCAGUUGGAGUGUUUAACCAGAACUGGAUGCAGCAUCGAGGCACUGAGAAGACUGUCAUUGAGUGGGAGGAGUCACUCAAUGAGCAUACCUGAUGCAGGAAAGAAAAAGCGAGAAAGGCGCAUCUCACUGGAUGAGGUGGGACGACUGAAUAUAAAACCAUUAGAGACUGCUAGUAGGAAUUCAUUUCAGAACUUAAUAAAGCCUGACAUCACCAAAGUGGAGCUUUUAAAAGAUGUCCACAGCAAAAAAGAUCUUAUCAUUCGUUUGGUAACUCAUGAUAUUAAUCAAGAUGUUUCAGAAAAUAAAGUGGAAGAGGGCUUAACUUCCGAUGAAGAUGAAGUUGUUUUACAAGACGUAGUGAAAGAAGAACUUCCAGAAGGCCCAUUUGAAGAUCAAGUAAAAGAAGACAUGAAACCCAUUACAAGCACAGUGGCUUUUCCCACGCCACCGAAGAGCAAGAGAAAUCUGAAAAAAUUUUUGUCACUAGGAAAAUGUUGUCAGAGUAGAUCUACUGUAACUAUAACAAAUACUGAAGCAUCACCAAAUCAAUGGACAGAAUCUGAGGAGACACAACGAAGAACUGUUUCUAAUGCUGAUGUGACUACUUCCAGAUCCUCGACUGGCACAGAUUCUUCCUUUUGGGAGAGAAAGACACAACUAAGUAGAGAAGAAAGGAAAACUAGUACUGAACCGGCAUAUUACUUCUUACAUAGAAUUAUGAGUUCAUCCUCAUACAAUGAAGAGGAUCUGCCUUCAUUUUCUAGUGAUGAUGAUCGUCUUUCAGAUCCAAGUGCCAAAAUAACAGAAGAUGCUGAUAAGCCCAGUACUUCCAAACAGGGGUCUGAAAUGAUGAAGAAGGUAUCAUCAGCUCUGUCCAAAGUGUUUUCAAGAUCUAAUGCCAAUGUUUCCAAAUCUUCCUCACCCUCCCCCCACCCUCACCAGGACAGAAGCUGAGGCUGCAACACCUAACAUCAAUAAGGGUGCUGACCUUCCUCAAAAAAAAUAAAUGGCUUUUGAAACAUGACAUUGUGUCCUACACACGGAUUCUUAUAAAUAUUUUAAAUUCUCAUAAGAGCAAAGAAUGUACAAAAAGGCAGCUGGAGAAAAGAAGGGUUUGAUAAAUGCUUCUGAUAGGCAUUUUGGCACAAAAAAGAGGGACUGUGCCUCCCAUCGAGAUAAUCUGUGGGAUUCAAUCUCUGCUCUUGAGGGCACUGAAGCCUUUCUGGGAAGAUAAAACUAACUUAAAAGCAAAAGUGUGACACCAGUAAGAAUGAGUUAUGUAUUUUGUGUGCUCUAGGAGUUCAAAGAAGGGACUCGUGGU